UUCAUUCUCGUGACAUAUUUGACAACUACAAAAAUAAAUAUACGUGGAAUAAUGUGAAAAUUAAUAUAAAUUUUUAAUUAUUACUAGUUUUAAUAUACAAAAUGGAAUCUGCUGUUACAAAUGACACAAACAAAAAGUCAAUUCUAGAAAAUUUAACCAAGGAGGAGCUCGUCAAAAAAUGUACCCAACUAUUACAAAUUGCCCAAAAAGCAAAACAAUCCAAAAGUACACUACAAGAGGAAAACAGUAAGUUAAAAACUGAGUUAAAUAAGAAAAAUACCGACCCUGAUCCUGCUUUACAAGAAUAUAUAGACAAUUUAACCCAACAAAAGCUGAACUUAGUAACUGAUAACCAAUCUUUAAAAACUAAAAAUGAAACCUUGUCCAAGAGAAUUGAAGAGUAUGAAGUGCAACUGAAGGAAUGCGAAGAAAAACUCAAUACUUGUGAUAACGAAAACACCUCUUACAAGAGGCAAAUAAGAAGGUUAACAGACGAAAACGAACAGUUGAUUGUGGAUCUAGAAACACUAGAAAAACAGCUAGCAAUAGCAAAAGAAAAAGUUUCUGAUGAAGCAAAUUUAAUAGAUUUAAGUGAAUCCAAAGAGAAAGAUGAAAAACGCCAAGAACUGGAAAAGAUGUUGAGUAUUAGCUUAGAAGAAAUUAAGAAGUUGAAAAAUGAAAAUAGUGGUCUAAACGAUAAGAUCGAAGUUCUUAAAAUUAAUUUAGGUGAAAAGGAUAAAAGCAUACUGACCAUUAGUCAAGAAUUAGUGUUGUCAAAAAGUUUGAUUGAAGAGUUUGAAGGAUUGAACAAGAAAAAAGAAGUCAACGAAGCAGAGAGUAAUAAUCUGAAUAUAAAAUUGUUAGAAUCUGAAAAUAGUAUAAAAGAGUUAAAAGAAAAUAACACAAAACUCAAGCAAAAAUUAAAAUUUUAUCACUCGAAAAUAGUGAAGUUUGCUAGUAUAGCUAAAGAGUUGAAACAAAACAAAGCUGAGAUUUUAGAUAUGUUUAAAUCGUACAUAGACCAAGUAAAAGAAUGGAAAGAUCAGUUAGACUUAGGGGAGAAGAACAUAGUAAAAUAUCUCAGCAGUGUUGUAGCAGAAAACCAAGCCUUGAAGCAAAAAGUAGAGGAGCAAAGUAAAGUUGAAGAUAGUUGUAGUUUUGACAAUGAAAUCAAAAUUCUUACUGAUAAACAUGAGAAUGAGAAAUCUGACUUACAAAACCAAUUAAUACACUCACAAGACCAAAUCCUAAACAUCACUGAGGAAAUUAAACGGGCUAAUUUAAAUAUUUCACAGUUAACUAAAGACAUUGAUCAACUAAAACAAAACAAUUUGGACUCCAAUAAAGUAAUAGAAGAGAAAGAUAAAAUUAUUAAUGAGAGCCAGGCUCUUAAAGCUACAUAUGAUGAAGAAAAAGAAGUAUUAUUAAAGGGGAUACAAGAAUUGGAGUACUUGAAAGAGAAUAAUUUAGAUAUUGAAGAAAGUCUAAGAGAAUCAAGUAGGAAAAUUGAAAAUUUACUCUUGGAAAUUCAAGAAUUACAAAAGCAACUAGAGGAAAAGAAAAAAAUUGAGACCGAUUUCAACAGUAAGUUAGCAGAAAAGCAAAAAUUAGAAAAUGACUUAAAUGUUCAAAUAAGUGAUUUAGAGAAACAAAUUGAGGCCCUAAAACGUAGUAAAACAAAUGUUGAGAAGGUAAUAGAAGAUUUAGAAAGCCAAAUUGAAAGUUUAAAAACAAGUACUGAAGAAAAAAUCACUUCGAUGAGUACAAUUAUUCAAGAACAAGAAAAUGAACUGAAUAUAUUAAGGAAGGAAAAUACUACACUGCUAAAGAUUAAAUCAGAUCUUCAUGAAGAAAUUAAUAAAAUCAAUAAUGAAGAGAAAGAUCUUAAAGAAAAAUCAGAAAAAUUCACUGUAGAAACACAAGAUAAAUUAAAAGAGUGUGAGAAGACUGUAGCAAACCUACAAAAUCAAGUUCGUUCAUUCGAAGAAUUAGAAAGGAGGUCAACAGAAGAGAUUAAAAACAUAGCGAAUGAAAAUAAACAACUAACAGCACAAAAUGAAACUUUGCAGGAAAAUCUUCGAAAAUUCCAGUAUUCUUUAUCUAACAGAAUAGAUUGCUCUAUUCAAACAAACGAAGUGCCUUAUAAUUUAGAUGAAUUUGAAGAACAAGUUGUUAGUUUAAAGAGAGAAAACGCUGAAUUGCUGUCUGAAAUGAACGAAAUGAACCAAGCAAUUAAAGAAAGAGGUGAAAUAAUUUCUAAAUUGGAAGCGCACCGUGAAGAGGUACUAAAAAAACUACAAAUUCAUGAAACCCAAGCCAAUAAAAACAUUGAUAAUAUCACAGAGAAAGAAAGGAUCAUUGAAUGCUUGAAUUUAGAACUACAAGAGUACAAAAAUAAUAGAAAUCUUGGUGCUAGUAAUGAAAUUAUUAGUUUGAGAAGUGAGAUAGAGAAUUUAAGGGAUAGGUUGAAUGCUAAUAUGGAGAAUAGUUAUGCUGAUAAUGAUACUUUGUCCACUUCAACCAUUUCCAGGACUGAAGAGGUGAAUAGGUUGAAGGAUCUGGAGGGAUCUUGGGAGGAGAAGUAUGGAAAGUUGAGAAAUUUGGCAGUAAAACUUAAGGGUAAAGUUAGAGAACUUACCCAAACCAUAGCACAAAAUCAAUCGGAACAGGAAGAAGCACAAAAGAAAUCGAUGAUAAACAUAAAGACCAUACAGAACCUACAAAAUCAAUGCGAUAAACUAGAAGACGACUUGGAGAAAUCGCGCAAGGAAUGCAAAAAUCUACAAAUACAGCUGAACACUGCCGCCAACGACAUCUCCCGUGAUAAACAACAAUUAGCGGACAAAGAAGAACAUGUCAGCACAUUGAAGGUGGAGAUAGAGAAUUACAAAAAAGAAAAACAAGCCACAGAUAAUUGGAAAAAGCAGGUCGGUGCCAAAAUCCAAACACUUAGGAAGGAAUUGGAGGCGAAUAAUGUGUUGAAAAAGGAAUUUGAAGCCAAAAUUGUCACGCUCAACGGUAGCUUAGAAAAUAAAGAGCAAGCAUUGAAAGCCGAAGUCGAGAGCCACAAACAUACCAAAAAUCUUCUAGAACAAUCGAAUAACGAGCGUAAAAAGAAUUCCGUCCUCAGUUUGGAGAUGCAGGACUACGAAAGAGGGGCUAAGGAAUCGACCAAGAAGCUAGAGAAGCAACAGGAAGAAAUAACGAAACUAAACAACCAAAUUGAGUCGCAAAAAACGACUAUUAACGCUCUUAGGGAACAAAACAAGCUUUUAGAAAAUAGAGUUACUGAAGAGCAACGUAAUCUACUUACUGUUACAUCAGAAAUGGCUACUUAUAAGAAACAAAUAUCCUCUUUAGACGACGAUCUUAGUCAAAAACUUGAAAAGAUCCACAGCCUCGCCCAACAGCUGGAAGUCUCACGGUCAGAAACCGAAGAACUAUCCACAGAACUUUGCAAGGUCAUCGCUGAACACCAAAAAACGAAUUCGACGAUAAAAUCAGAGCGCGAUCAGUUAUCGAACGAAAACUUGAGGCUUCAUCAAAGCUUGCGGGAGGCCCAGGAUCACCUCAAACUAAGCAAAGAUGAGCUGAAGGUGAUACAGGGUGAAUACGAUGGAUACAAAGUGAGAGCUCAGAGUGUGCUGAGGCAGAACCAGAAGAGGGACGUAGGAUUGGAAGAAAAACUUUCCGAGGAGGUUGCUUCGCUUCUUGCUCAAAAUUCGGUGCUGUCUCGGCAACUUGAAGAAUCAAAGAUAACAGUUGAGCAUCUAGAAAAGGAAAAUUCCAAACUGUCGACUGAAAUAAAAGAAUAUUUAAACAAAAUACGAGAACUGGAAGAAGAUUGUGACGAGGUAAAGACGCAAUUUGCCGAUUUAUCCACCAAACACGAGAAGACCGUUUCAGAAAACGCUGAAACUCUGAGAAAUCUUAAGGUCCAUGCUGAUACCGUUUCACAGUGCUACAGACAACAGUUGUCUGAUCUGGAAAAUCGUCAUAGCAGGGAAGUCUUAGAGCUGCAGAGUCGUUUGGAGAAAGUGCCCACUCCGAGUGAAACUUCCCCCGUGCUGCCCACGAUGCCCAGAGGAGAAGGGGAGGGUUCUGAAAGUAUAGACAGCAACAGUUCCAUCCCUGUUCAUCCCAUACCGUUGGAAAGAUUAUUAGGUGCAGAUUCGGACCAGGAGAUCGAGAGGAUUAAGAAAAAACUAAACGAACAAGAAUCGAAAGUUACGCACCUUACGGCUCUCUUAUCUGAUACGGAGCAGGAUCUGGUGAAGCACAUCCAGAUGAAUAAACUACUUAAAGAAGAGAUAAGAAGGCAACAGAGGUCAGAGGAGCGAGAAAAACAUGCGGAAAAUUUGGAAUAUCUUAAAAAUGUAGUAUUUAAGUUUGUGACCUUGAACAGCGGGGACGAAAGAUCGCGCCUGGUUCCCGUGAUGAACACGAUACUGAAACUAAGCCCCGAAGAGACCAAAGAGCUCAACGCAGUAGCCAAAGGGAGCGAUCUCAGCCUCAAAGGAUGGAGCAACUAUUUACCGACGUGGUCUUCGCCAAGCAAGCCCCAAUGAAAUGCUUUUGAACGUUCCUAAAGCAUUCGGUGCAUGAUAUAUUUACAGUUCUCGCUCUAGAGGUUACGAGGUAACCUCGUAUGAGUGUAACGAAUGAAAGGUGCCUAUGUAUUCGUCCUAACAUAGAUUUUGUACAAAAUAGUACACUAAAGAAUGCAGUUUUUCGAUAAUGUCACUUGUCUAAAUGUCAAAUUUGACGCCUACAUACUGUCAUAUUCUACACUCGAUAAUUUUAUGAUGACAUAUUUUUCUCAUUGAUCACGAGUAAGAUAUAAGAGCAGCAAUAACGUAUAUACAGGGUGUCCCCGAAAAUAGUGCGUUCCUUAUAGGUAUAGGUAGAAGGCACAAUGUAGAGCAAAAAAUUCUUAUAACAUUUUUUUCUAAAUUGAUCCGUUUGAUCAAAAAACGAAAAUACAUUUUGAUAUGCAAAUUGAAGUCUGGCAACAACGCGCAACUUAAAAAUCUAAAGAUUAAAAAAGUAGGUUUGUAGGUCAGUUGCAUCUGGUAGGUAAAAUAAUGUAAAUAUCAACCAAACCCAUAUCCAUUAUUAUGCAGGUAGGUACCUACGAUGUCAACAACCCCAAAAAUCACACCUCAAAGUAAAUAAACAAGGGGUUAUAUAUAUAUAUAUAUAUAUAUAUAUAUAUAUAUAUAUAUAUAUAUAUAUAUAUAUAUAUAUAUAUAGUGGCUAAACAUCCCUUUAGGGGUUAU